GAGGUUUACGGGGAUAAUCAGUCCUCGUCUAUCGUUGCUGUUGGACAUGUAGCUGUACUCCGUUCACCCAAUCGCGGUGAGAGUGACCACGAAACCAAGAAACUCAGAUUUAUUAGAAGAAAAUCCACAGAGCUAAUUGAGAAGCCUCGGGCCCUUCCUUGUCGUACUCUCGGGUAUGCAGAUCUCAGUCAAUACAAUAGCGAACGGCCUGGUCCCAGCAGGAUGGUCACUGCAGUGCCACGCACUCCGACGUCGAUUAUACAGAAGCGCAGCAUAAAUCCGUUCGCGCAUACCUUCCACGCAGAAUCACAAGACUCUGAGCCCUAUGUCGAUACCCCACACGUCACCCCAAAUGGUUCUUUACAUUGGGGCAUACGAGACACCAGUUCGAUUCCUGCUUCGUCUUCCCAGGAACCUGUCCCGGAGGCAGUGACGUAUUCGCAAUUAGGCCUUUCUCCAGAGUUUUCACAAGGCGAUACGUCUCCCAUCACACCCAUCGUUCCCCCAUCGCACACAGUAAACAGUGAUCCUUCAUUUCUAUCUUCUCGCGAAGCCCCUGAUUCUUCCACCGACUCGCCCACUCCCGCAUCACCAGAUCUUCAUCCCGUCAGCUCAAAGCGGACGAGAGCACGUCGUAACGCAGAUAUGAUAUCACCUGAUCCUCCUUCUCCGCGCUACUUUCUACGUCGGCGAUCUCUCUUAUCUGUUCACACUCCGCCCCGUUUACGUUCACAUCCUUAUCCAGUGAAGGUUUCGCCUCCUAGGAAGAAUGCGAAGGCCUCUUCACGUCCUCGCCGCAUACGAAAUGACUCCAGAAACGGCUUUCAGGAGUCCCUUCCGUCUGGGUGAUGGAGCUGGGUGAUGUAUUGCUAUGUCUCGUCCGCGGAAAAGACUUUCUAUCAUGGUCGCUAUAGCUCCUCAUCGCACUCGGACGCACGUUGUAAAUCACAGUGACAGUCUUCAAAGUGUGCGCGUAUUUUGCGUUUUGUUGUCAGUUUUUGUCUUUCUCUCGUGGGACAUUCUUGUUUCUCCUAUCUUUAUUGUUUUCCAUUCUGCCAAACUGGUGUAUCCAUAUCCAGGCUACCACAAGAUGUUAUUACUAAACACCGGGUCCACAGUGAAGCUAUAUGUACUUUCUUACACAUAUCAAGAGGGGUCUGAAGACCUCAACGGUCAAGGAGCUCGGUCAUAGCGCGCAGUUUACUAAACUUAUAUCAACUAGAGUAUGUGUCACUCAAUGUCCACCAUGAUUGCUAAUAUACACAAAUGCUUUCU